CCUCCCGGCCGAGUCAACUCAUGAACUGAAACCCUGCCGUUACGAUAGCCAUGCUCUGAUUGCAGAAUGCACUCCGCUGGAACCGGUCAAGCUGUAAGUGAAUAGCAUAGGAAAAUAGUUGUGUGUGUGCGUCGCAUCUGAUCGCACGCAGCUGUGUGUGUCACGAAUAGCUGUUGUACCUCUAUCGCUUGUUUCUGCGCAGGAUGCAUCACUCCCCUGCCUGGUGUGCCUGACUCCAGUCUCAAGAAAAUGAGCUGACAUUCAGCUAUUUUUGGACAGUGUCGUGCGUGUUAGCUGCUUUCACGCGCACUAUGGGCAGCAAAACGACACAAUUUAUUUGAAAGGCACUGCACAGUGUGACAGUAUGGUUUCCAUUCUGUUCAUUGAAGAGAUUCCAUAGCAUCGCCUGGAAAUCUGGUCUGUAUGAAGAAUUGGAAUGCCACGGAGUUGCAUACCCCGUCCCAAGUGAAAGAAACCAUUGGUCUGUUUUUGUGUGUUCAGAGAAUGAACUCACUGCUUUUUGUGGAUAAUCUGCCAGCCAACAUGAUUGCAACUAUUCCAGUUAACGGUGCUUCGACUGCUGGUUCGGGCGCGGUGACCAGUGCUCUGCGGAACGACCUGGGGUCUAAUAUUCACGUACUGAAGACGCUGAACUUGCGGUUCCGCUGCUUUCUUGCCAAAGUCCAUGAACUUGAAAGACGAAACAAAUUGUUGGAGAACCAACUAAAAGAGGCACUAGACCAGUCGCGUUAUCAGGGCUACUUUACGCGUGAGAUUGGUGUCCAGACUGAUUCAGAGUCCCGACUCCCCGGGACUAUCUGGAGUUUCACACACGUGAGGCGACAGGGAGAGCGCUUGGAGACGCUUCAGGGGCCCGGCGUGUCCUGGAACUAUCCGGACGGAGUUGGGGUGCAGAUCGACACCAUCACCCCAGAGAUCAGAGCGUUGUACAAUGUUCUGGCCAAAGUCAAACGCGAGCGGGAUGACUACAAGAGAAAGUGGGAAGAGGAGCUGUCUAGACGAGAGCAGAUGGAGUCUAUGGUGGACACACUUCAGGAGAGUGCGCAGGAGUCUGAGGUGAUCCAGGAUGAGCUGAAUGAAAAGGUGGACAGGCUGAAGGCUGAACUGGUGGUCUUUAAAAGCCUCGUCAGCGACAAGGAUGUGUGCCACUAUGGCACGCAGUCCAGACUUGCUGAGAUCCAGAGGAAGCUGCCGGACCUCAAACAAAUGUCUGAGCUGGACUCCAAGAUCCAGGAGAAGGCCAUGAAGGUGGACAUGGACAUCUGCCGCCGUAUCGAUAUCACGGCCAAGCUGUGCGACGUGGCCCAGCAGCGCAACUCGGAGGACAUGUCGCUCAUGUUCAACGUCAGCCCCUCCAGAACACUGCCCGACAGGGGGGCGCUAGUGUGUCGUAGGAAGGAGCGCAAGGUGACGUCGGACGAGGAGAGCUCAGAGAUGGAUGCUGACCCCAGCACAUCAGAGGAGGAGAUGCCCGGAUCCCUCAACAUCACCGACGAGAUGAAACGCAUGCUCAACCAGCUCCAUUGCUCUGAAACCUCCCUUGUUGCCAGGAAGGAGACAUUCGACAUCGACGACGACUGUGACAGUCUGACGUGGGAGGAGAACGACGAGACCCUUCUGCUGUGGGAGGAUUUCACCAACUAUAACGUGCCAUAUGCCUUCAACAGCAACAACAACCCCUGCGCCGUUGAGUGCCAGGGAGAGGGUGGAGAACCUGUGUCACAGGAGGGGAGCUUGGGCAGCCUGAUUGACGAGACAGAGACCAUGUUCAAGAACAGAGAGCAGGAGUACCAGAAGACCAUCGGCGAAAUAGAGGAGGAGUUGGCCACAGCAAAGUCCGACAUGAACAGGCACCUGCAUGAGUACAUGGAGAUGUGCAGCAUGAAGAGAGGCCUGGACGUGCAGAUGGAGACAUGCAGGAGGAUGAUCAAGGGGGGCAGGAACUCUCCCUCCUUCAGCUCGGUGGCGAGCAGUGACUCAGGGAACACGGACGAGAUCCCGGACGAGCUGGAGAGGGACGCCGAGGGAGACAGAGAGGUGACCGUCAGCUGAUCCGGCCCCGCCCCGCCCACCCCACCCCUCCUCACACAAGGACAGACAGCCAAUGAGCAUCCUCCUGCCCUGCCCAUCCAGCUGGCUGGCCCCAAUCUCCUCUAUUCCUUGGCCAUGCGAUGUGAGACGGACAGGUCCAAGCCCAAAUCACCACACAGAUAAAUCGGUGCUUUCCAUCAAAUCGCUGCUCCAGCAAGAGUUGCGGUGAGGAGGGGUGUGUUUUUAUUUUUCAGAAGAAAAAACAAAUCCCACUUUUGCUUCAUGUGUAUUUCACAAAAAGGUCUGAAUCGUUUCUGAGAACAUACUGUAUAUAUGUACGUCCGUAUCACAUCAUGUCACAUCACGCAGUGUUGUAACUGUGCUCCUUACUCUGCCAGCCCCCACGCCAUGCCCGGGCUCCACACUGACCUCAAACAGCGACCACAGGCAGUGAUGGGCAAAAUGGACUCAGUAGUUACAAUCAGGGUGUCUAAAUUAACGCCAGCCAACUAGGCAAAUGCUGGUGAAAAUUCAGUUUGGCUGGUAGAAAAGACCAACUUCCUAGCCACUUUGACCCAUUAGUGAGUGUUGUGUUUGGCUAGAAAGAUUAACAUCUAUUAGCCAUCUUGUCUGGUGGUAAAAAAAAAAGUAAAUUUAGAGCCCUGGUUACAAUCCAGUGCCACAUAUUCCAAAUGACAUGGUUUUACUUUACUUUACUAAUGCUAUUCAGCUAGGUGAUUGGCUGGUUGAAUCAUCACCAGGUUGAACUAGAUGGAUAAAACAAGGCCAUUUGGAAUAAGAGGCCCCAGAUUGUAAGUAAUGGAUCAAUUUUGCCCAUCAGUGACUACAGGUCACCACUUCUGUCAAACAACAAUGACCAAUCACAGCUAGUUUUGACUAGCUUCAUGAUUUACUACACCAUGCCUGAAUUUACAGCACCUCGUACCUCAGGCAUAUACACCCAGACAGCAGUGAAGUGCGGGGCUCAGGACAAGGUCAUGCCAAUGCCAAGGUCAGACUUAGCUUGCACUCUUUUGUUACACUUUACUUGACGACGUUGUCAUACCAUACGUAUGACAUAACAGUGUCAUAAUAUUGUCAAACAGUCAUUGUCAAACAGACACAAUCAUGGAUGAGUCAUAAACAUGAUGUCAGUGUCACAAACAUUUUAUGGUCAUGAAAGGUGGACACAGUUUGAGCUGUCUUUAACAUAACUGAAAUAAAAUGUUUAUUACAUUGGCAUAAUGUUUAUGACACAUGGAUGUGGAUGGAAUCUGUUAUGACACUGUCAUGACACUAUUAUGUCAUGCACAUAAUGCCAGUAUCAAGUAAAGUGUUACCCACUCUUUCAUGGUCUGGGAAAAUAGAACCAUAGGCAAAUCAAGAUGGUCCACACAAAGAUAUACUGUCACUUUUGAAUGCAAUUAAGAAGUCGGCCGACUGUAUUUCAAUGUCUGUGUCUGGACCAUUACACUCUGAAAGAGCUUAGAUGUGGUUCAUUUUGCCACCUAUUGGAUGCAGGGAAAGACUGUAAGAGGACUGGAUUAAGUUGUGUUCAAAGCAGCAAACUGAAGCUAAUGUUAUGCUUAUGGCUAGCCUAGUGAACUACACGAACAUGCCUAACUGUUGCUGUCUGGUUUGCGAGGCUAGCUCACCGCACCAGGCACUCAAGAAAGUGACAUUAACAUUACGCAUGUGUCUCUUUUUUAAAAGUAGCACAUUCAAACAUCAGGCAAUAAUAACAGGGUUUUAAAAUGUCUCUUAUAUUGACGCUAAUGUUGCUCGGCGCCCACAAGACAUACAUACACUGACCAAAAAACAAAAACAGGAUAUACUCCAUUUUAUCCACAAAUUCAUCAUUGAUGCUAGCUUGCAAUGUGUUUAAUAGGCCAACUCAUUUUGCCAAUCAUUACGUCUAGGCCUACAUGAAAUACAAUCCACAACACAAUUGGAUUUAUCCAGCUGAAAGAUGCACAGUGCAAUAUUUUAGUAGGUUUUUUUUCCAGAAUUCAUGCUGCCCAGUUACCUUUUUCAGGAAUACUUACCACCACUAUUAUGACUGGGAAAACUAUAUUUUUCACACAUGAAAAGUGAGAUCUUCUCCAUGGUCCACCAUUAUGAAUUUCCACAAAUAGACAUUUUUAUCUGCAAAACUUAAUGUACUUUGGUCAUACUACUAAAUGUUGGUUUAUAAAUUAGUAAAUAUUCAUGCAAAGUUCAAAUUCAGCAAAGUUUCAAUGAGCAGCAUAGUUGCAAUACCUACUCUGGCCACCAUCCUACACAGUGCACCUUUAAUUCCCAUUCAGAAUGAAGACCUCCUCCAGGCCUAAACUGGCCCGUUUAACUGAGGAGAACUACACUUGUGUCAAGCACCAGUAUAAAGGAUCUAGUGUGUAUUUUAAAGUGCACGGUUCAGCUGAAAUGUUUUUGUUUGUUUGCUCUAAGUAAAUAGUAAAUGUUUGCACACACACACACACACACACACACACACACACACACACACACACACACACACACACACACACACACACAUACACACACACGGCACUGAUUAAAACAACUUUACAAAUGUUUAAGGUUUACCCAAAAGGAAGUUAAACACCUGUUGCAUGAACACAUCGAACAUGGUAAGAGCAACAAAGGCACCAGAAGGAAUUGACUACGAGCUGGCGACAACAGCGCCAAAAAUGCUUGGGGGACAUGAACAACAGUUGAAGCUAUGAAAUGGUUCGGCAGGCGAAGCAGCCAAUCAGAAUGCUGGAAUGCUUGCAUCUUGCUUUGUAUCCGUCCUCCCUUGACACUUUUGGUAUUACUGCUCUGAAGUCGUGAAGCAGCGACACUUUCUGAGCUUCAUGUCGUUUUUGUCACGUUUGAUGUGUUCUUGCUGUUACAGUUCAGUGAGUAGACUAUUUUUCAUCCGAGUGAUUGCUGAAUUUUAAUGCACCAAUUAUGCCCCAAGACAUUUUGACAUUCUCCUCCGUUAGGUCUCCGUGUGAGCUGGGCAGUGGGUCUGUCUGCGGAAAGGUGCACAGUUCUAGCUGUCUGUGUGUUGCUCUGUUCUAAAGUUCUAUGCAAUCGGCUAGCCUUAUUUCUGGACGGAUGAUGCGCUACAUUAUUUGCCUUUGAGUACAUGAACAGGUGUUUUUGUAUCCAACUGUAUGUGUCUGUACAUGCGUGUCUGUUAAAAGGAGAGGACAGUCUGGUGUACACCCAAUAUGUCUGGAACAUUGCCCCCCCCAUACUUGGACAGCUCACACACACAUGCACGCACGCACGCACGCACGCACCACGCACGCACGCACCACGCAAAUAGUACAUCUGUUGGAGAGCUGAUUAUUUUUCUUACAUUCUUACAAUAUGUGAUAUAGGCUACGUAUUUAGCCCUCAAUUUUGUGUUGCCCUUUCACAAACAGGAAUCUCAAUAUAAAAUAUUCACAUUGACUUAAAAUGUUCCAUCUGAAUGUGGGGAUUCAUACUCCAUUUGAGCAUGUCAUUUUGAACUACAUUCAAACAAGCAUGUGGUUUAAAAAAAAUUCUCUCUGUUUUUUGUUUUGUUAAAAAAUCAGUUAUCCAAUGGAUGUAUUUCUUUGUUCUUCAUUAGUAGAGUAUAAAAUAUGUCCUAUUUUUUGUCCCAGCCUACAUAUCCAGGGGCUAACUGAGUCGAAUAAUGAUCAACAAGGGGCUCUGUUCCAUACAUGCCAGCUGAGCCGUGUAUAUACAGUAGACUGCACGCCCAAUUCAAACAAUGACACCAUGUUGUAACCUGAAACUUAAAGAUUGUACAAUGUAUUUCUAUGGUUAUGAGAGGUGCCGUUUGAAUAAAACAUUUAUUUUUGCCACCUCUAUAAUCACAAAUGUCAUAUACACAGCUCUGCUGGCCCAGGGUGCAUCGACAGCGUCGUUGCUAACUAUUUUUUCAACUUACUUGGUUGCAAUUGCAAUUUUCCAUUGGAAACAUUCUAAGUUGCUAACUGGUUAGCAACGACACUUUCGAGAAAUCUUGCCAUUCUCCUUUUCUUUUCUCUUUUUUUGCUGUUGUGUGCAGAGCGCUGUGGUAUAAAGGUCUUUGGCAUGCCAGACCUUAGUGGCCUUUAUGUUCAUAACCAUUUAGUUCAGUUAUCACUGUUUUGGGUGUCUCUCUUGAAUCUUAUUUAUUCUUGAAGUUGAUUUUUGUGGGUUUAGACUAUUUUAAGAAUAUAACAGAGAAAGCAUGACAGGGGAGUUAGAUAAUGGGAUCUCAUUCAGUGAUUGAGACCCAUUGACCAUGUUAUUUUCAAGGCAAAAGUGCAUUUAGACAUGUUUUUCUUUCUGAUAUCACUGGACUAUUAACGGUACACUGUUUGUCAUAAAAGUUCUCUUCAUUUUCUCUUCAUUUGUUUAUUAUAUUCACUGUUUUUUGUUUCUAGAACAGCAUAUGAACUGAAAACGCUCUUCUGUAACAUGUUGUAUUUUCUGCACAGUGUGGUAUGAUGGGGGAGUUGUGUUGAUAUAGGGCUAUAUGAAAGUGCCCUUGGAUAUUUAUGUUAGUACAGCAAUGGGCUUGCCUUUAAAGUGAUGGCAGAAAGAAUUCUUUCUGUACAUUUCACAUUUAUUCAGCACAUGCUCAACCUAAACACACACACACCCAUACACACGCGCACACACAUGCACACGCACACACACACACACGCAUGCACACACGCAUGCACUCACGCACGCACGCACGCACACACAC